AUGUUAUCUCCCAUCGAAGUGCUGAUCGCUGUGCUCUUGGUUCUCGGUGCGCUUGUGUAUUACGCCGUGCGCAAGCAUUCCUACUGGAAAGACCACGGAGUGCCCCACCCAAAGCCGGCGUUUCUGUUCGGAAGCUUCAAAGAUGCCGGAUCGAAGGUGCAUUUUACCGGUGCCCUGGAGCGGUACUAUAGCGAGUACAAGGGCAAGCAUCCGUUUAUGGGCGUGUACAUGCUACUGGCCCCGGUCGCAAUGCCCACCGAUCUGGAGCUGGUGAAGACGAUACUCGUGAAAGACUUCCAGUACUUUCACGACCGUGGCGUCUACUGUAACGAGAAGGAUGACCCCGUGUCGGGCCAUCUGUUUAACCUGGAGGGUCAACGAUGGCGUCAUUUGCGUAACCGCAUCACACCGACGUUUACGUCCGGCAAGAUGAAGACCAUGUUUCCGACCAUCGUGGCCGCCGGUCGGCAGUUGAGCGAUUUCAUGGACGAAACAGUCCGCGAGCGAGAUGAACUCGAGCUGAAAGAUAUCGUGUCACGGUUCACCACCGACGUCAUCGGAACGUGCGCAUUCGGUAUCGAGUGUAACAGUAUGCGUGACCCGGACGCCAAAUUCCGUGCCAUGGGUCGACGCCUAAUCGAGAAGCAACCUCCGCAGUGGGUGAAUCUGAUGGUGCAAUUUUCUCCAAAGUUAUGUCGGCUGCUCGGAAUCAAGCUGACCGACUCCCAGGUGGCAUCGUUUUUCAUGCAAGUUGUUCGCGAUACAAUUGACUACCGGGUGGCGAACGGUGUACAGCGGAACGACUUUAUGGACCUGAUGAUCCGGAUGCUGCAGAACGAGGAAAACCCGGAGGAGUCGCUCACGUUCAACGAGGUGGCUGCGCAAGCGUUCGUGUUUUUCUUUGCCGGCUUUGAGACGUCAUCGACUCUUCUCACGUGGACGCUUUAUGAACUUGCCCUGAACCACGAUAUCCAGGAGAAAGGGCGCCAGAGUGUGAAUGAGAUUUUGGACCUACACGGAGGAGAACUGACGUACGAUGCUGUAUCGGAGAUGAAGUAUUUGGAUCAGAUUUUGAAAGAAUCACUCCGCAAGUAUCCUCCGGUACCGAUGCACUUUCGCGUGACUUCGAAAGACUAUCGCGUCCCUGGCACGGACUCGACCCUGGUCGCCGGCACUCCAGUGUUCAUCCCGAUCUACGCCAUCCAGCGCGAUGCCGAGCUGUUUCCCGAGCCGGAAAAGUUCGACCCGGAUCGGUUCAGUGUGGAAGAGGAAGCGAAACGUCAUCCUUUCGCCUGGAUCCCGUUCGGGGAGGGACCGAGGGUUUGCAUUGGGCUGAGGUUCGGAAUGAUGCAGGCCCGGGUCGGUUUGGCCUAUCUGUUGCGAGGGUUUAGAUUUAGCACGUACGAGAAGACGUCCAUACCGAUGGAGUUUGUGCCGAACAGUUUUAUACUGGCCCCGAAAGAUGGCCUUUGGUUGAAGGUGCAAAAGUUGUAACGC